UCACGCGUGCAUCUCCCCCGAUCAACCCCUAUUCUUCGUUACCCCUCGGUUCCUCUCCGCCGCCUCCACGCUGCCGUCGCCGUAGCGAUCUGCCUUUCCGCUUGGCGGUGUCUCGCGCGUCUUGUUCUAUCGACGGCCGGACACCGGCUCCUACUUUCACCUCCCUGUGCACCACCAAACCUCCGAGGACCUAUCUUGGCUUCUUGGAGCGGCAGCCGAUUCGGGCGUAUCUUUGAUUGGUUUCUUUCUGAGUGAACUGUUGGUUCGUAUUGUAACCUUGGUGAGUUGGAGCCGUAAGGGAUCGGGAUUGAAAGAAGAAAAUCAUGGCCGAUUGGGAAGAAGAAGAUUUUGAACCAGCACCACCAAGUCUAAUAACUAAUAAACCAAAGAGCCAGUGGGAUGAUGAGGAUGUGGAAGAUGAAGAUGUCAAAGAAUCCUGGGAAGAUGAAGAAGUUCCUGUGCAGGCACCUAAGGCAGAAGAAACAGUGCAGGCUACUGCAUCAAAGACUGGUCGCAAACCUGCUGGGAAGAAAGAAAAAUUACCUGAAGCAAAGACAAGUGAAAUAAGUAAUGAAGUUCUAGCAGAUCCUGUGGCUGAGAAACUUCGCCAACAAAGACUUGUUGAAGAAGCUGAUUACAAGUCAACUGCUGAGUUGUUUGCCAAGAAAGGUGAUGAGAAAACCCUAGAUAACUUUAUUCCAAAAUCUGAGAAUGAUUUUUUGGAGUAUGCCGAGCUUCUCUCUCACAAAAUUCUUCCUUACGAGAAAAGCUUUCAUUAUAUUGGCCUUCUUAAAGCUGUUAUGAGGCUAUCUAUGACUUCACUAAAAGCAGCAGAUGCGAAGGAAGUAGCUUCUUCAGUUACAGCAAUUGCAAAUGAAAAACUCAAGGCAGAAAAGGAAGCUAAUGCAGGCAAGAAAAAACAAGGCACAAAGAAAAAGCAGCUCCAUGUUGACAAGGCAGAGGAUGACUAUGUUACUGCAGGUGGCUAUGAUGAUGUGGAUGACUAUGACUUCAUGUGAGUGAUCGAGUUGGUUUCCUCUUUCUAUGUAUGAUUACCGAGUGAUUUUAAAGAUUUGAUAAUUACCUGAGGUGGAUAAGAACCAAAAGUGGCUAUUUCCUCAGCAUUCUCUUGAGGCUUUUGAGGUUGUGUCGAAGUCCAUUACUUAUUUAAUUAGCUUUCUUUUGUUACAUGAUGUAUUUAUACUGGACACAUUGGUACCAUUUCCUGGUCUAAUAUAUCAGAAUGAGUUUUGGAAUCGA